CAUUCUUUGGAGAGAGAGAGAGAGAGGAAAGAGAGACCAUUUAUCCUCUGACUGUUUUUUUAACAUUCGAGAGAGAGAGAGAGAGAGUUCAACUCUUUGACUCGGCCAUGCCGGCAAAGAGUGUUGUCUAUCGAUAUUUAUAUCUGAAAGCGCGUUGAUGCAUACGAGCAAGUAAAAGUGUUCAUUUUUGACUCUCAUCCACGGAAAAUAGUUGCACGAAUUCUUUUAUUUUGGAGAGCACAUCAAAACCCUAAUUUUGGGUUUUCAUUCAAAUCAGGUCUAAAGGUAUCAUCAGUUUUGUACUAUGUCAAGCGCCGGAUUGAAUUUCGUUUUGUAUGAUGUUAGUCGGUAAUGAUUAUGCUUAACCGACGCACAUCCACAGAAGUGAAAUCGUUGUUUUUUGAUUAGUUUGAUCGGGUUUUUCUAUAGCUGUGAUUGGCAGUUAGUUUUGGGGAUUUAAUGGGUGGGAUUUGUGGUAAGCCUGCUGCCAUCGAUGAUGGCAGAGGGAGUUCGAGUUCAAGGGAGAGAGUACCGAGUAAAGCUUCAUCAGAAUCGCGCGGAUCGCGGUCUAAAAGGGUAGAAAGUUUUAGGGUGAAGAAUAGAGGUGAGGUAAGAACUGGAUCCAUCGACAAGAGAUUGAAUUCUUCACGACGUGUUCGUGAUGAUCAUUACGAGAAGAAGAGAGAGGUGUCAGAAGUGUUUAUUGCUAAUAUUCCGGGUAUAGGGACUAUUCCAAAAGCUAUAGAAGGUGAACAAGUCGUGGCAGGUUGGCCUUCUUGGCUUGCUGCUGUAGCUGGUGAAGCCAUCAAUGGAUGGUUACCUCGCAGAGCAGAUACAUUCGAGAAACUUGAAAAGAUUGGUCAAGGAACAUAUAGCAGUGUCUACAAGGCUCGUGAUCUCACUAACAAUAAAGUUGUUGCUUUAAAAAGAGUGCGUUUUGAUAACAUGGAUCCUGAAAGUGUGAAGUUUAUGGCGAGAGAGAUUCUUAUCUUGCGAAGGCUUGAUCAUCCCAAUAUAAUCAAGCUUGAAGGAAUGGUCACUUCACGCACUUCAUGUAGCUUGUACCUGGUUUUUGAGUACAUGGAACAUGAUCUUACUGGACUUGCAUCGUUACCUGGGGCUAAGUUCACAGAACCACAGGUUAAAUGCUACAUGCAACAACUGCUAAGUGGACUUGAGCAUUGCCAUAGUCGUGGUGUUUUACACCGUGACAUAAAAGGGUCGAAUCUUUUGAUAGAUAAUCAUGGAAUCUUGAAGAUUGCGGAUUUUGGUUUAGCAAGUUUUUUUGAUCAUAGGGAAAAUGUGCCAUUAACUAGCCGAGUUGUGACUCUUUGGUAUCGACCACCUGAACUUCUUCUUGGAGCAACUCAUUAUGGAGUUGCAGUGGACUUGUGGAGCACAGGAUGCAUUCUUGGAGAGUUAUAUGCUGGAAAACCUAUCAUGCCUGGUCGAACAGAGGUGGAGCAAUUGCAUAAAAUAUUCAAACUUUGUGGUUCACCAUCUGAGGAUUAUUGGAGAAAAUCAAAAUUACGUCAUUCAGCGGUGUUUAAACCUACACAACCUUACAGAUGUCGAAUUGAAGAAACUUUUAAAGAUGUUCCUCCUGUUGCUAUCAGUCUUAUGGAGAUGUUACUUGCAAUAGAUCCUUCACAAAGAGGAACCGCAUCAUUUGCUCUUAAGAGUGAGUUCUUUACAACAAAACCACAUGCUUGUGAUCCUUCAAGUUUGCCAAAAUAUCCUCCCAGCAAAGAAAUUGAUGCAAAACUGAGGGAGGAAGAAGCUAGAAGACAAAGAGCGGAAUAUAAGGGCCAAAAGGUGGAAAAGGAAAGCCGAGGACCAAAAGACCCUCGGGCAGUUCCAGCUCCUGAUGCCAAUGCUGAGUUAGUAGCAUCAAUGCAGAGAAGGCAAGACCGAGCAAAUUCAAAGAGCAGAAGCGAGUACUUCUCCCGUAACAAAGAUGACACAGCUUCCGGUUUCCCUAUCGAAAACCCGAGACUUUCCCAUUACUCAAAAGAUUCAAUCAACGAUUCCAAACCACACCCACCAAUGCGGGAAUCCUAUUCCGGCCCGUUGGUUGCGGAUUCAUGGACAAAAUUGGGAAAAAGAUACGAUGAUGUCUCAAUCACGAGCCGAGCUGAUUUAUCUUCGCUCUCGGGUUUAGUGAGCUCCCGGAUAUUAUCAGCCGAAGAUCGUGAAAAACGUGUUUCUAAUUCUAAUUGUAAUUCUUCCCAAUUGGAUCCAACAAAUCAGAUGGGAAGACUAUCGGAAUUCACCCAAGAAUUUGGACACUCCGGAAAGCAUGAUCGGAAAGACCUUUCCCGGAGAUACAUGGAAAGUGGAAGAUCUAGUACUAAGGAACCUGCUCAGAAUGGUCAUGGAUACAAGGGAAACAACAAGAUCCAUUUCUCCGGUCCAUUGGGUUCAUCAAAUGCGAAUGUGGACCAGAUGCUGAAAGAUCAUGAUCGACAUAUUCAAGAAGCUGCAAGAAGAGCGCGCCUUGAUAGGACAAGGCUCACCAAAGAUAAAGCAGAUGCAACACAAAUGAUGGCAAACCCUAUUUAUAUGUCUAGCCGCAGACCCAGAUUUAGGGCAAAACCGACCCGACCAGGCUGUACCAGGAUCAGCAGGCAAAAUGGCAAGACACUGGAGAUGGCCUUAUAUCGUAAGAGGUUCUCCUGGAGGCUAAAACCCUCAAAGAAACCAGACAACGGAGGAUCCUCCCGCACUCUACAAAUGCUAUCUCGUAUACUCUCUAAACCCUCAAGCCUCCGUUUUGUAGCCCUAAUCUCAUCAUCUCAAUCUCACUACAAACAUCACCAUCCUCCCCUGGUUCAAAACCCUACCUCCUCUACUUUUUUCUCAAUCAACUCUCGCUAUUUUUCCACCAAUCGCGGAGACGGUAGUAAAUCGUCCGAUAUCUGGAAGAUUUCGUCGGGAAAUGAAGAAAGCAUUGAAUCUGUGUUCGGUAAAGACACUGAGAGCCUCGAAGAUAUUGCCGGUGGCGAGGAUGCAGUAGAGGAGAAGUCUUGGUUUAGUAUUGAAUCGAAGGAGAAAGGAGGUAAUGGUGAAGAAGAUGAUAUUUUCAAGGUAAUAGAGAGUGAGGGGAAAGGGACUGAGGUGAGUGGUGCUGAUACGUGGGGGGCGGAGGAAGGACUUAAGGACUGGAAUUUUGUGGUGGGAGAUCAGAAGGAGGGAGACGGAGAAGAUGGAAUCUUUGAUAUUGGAGAUACAGGGGUUUCGGAAUUGGCUGGGCUUGAUGCUAAUGUUGAUGAAAAAAUGGCGAGUCAAAAGAAAGAAGAAGAUAGAUUACUGGAGAUUGAGGAGAAAGCUCUAUCAGAGGUACUCAAAGGUCCAGAUCAUGCAUUUGGCGACUUGAUUGCCGCAUCAGGAAUCACAGAUGAAAUGCUGGAUAGUUUAAUGGCUCUCAAAGACUUAGAUGAUGUUCCAGGAUUGCCCUCACUGAGUGCAAUUGAGGACAUGCGAUAUGAAAAGAACACCAGGAAGUCAACUAGGGCAGACAUUGAACGACAAAAGCAAGAGGAAAUUGCCAAAUCAAGGGUAAGACAGGUUGAUACUCAGGGUAGGGCUUAUGGCACUGGAAAAAGGAAAUGUAGUAUUGCCCGUGUAUGGAUUGAACCUGGUGAGGGUAAAUUUGUCAUUAAUGACAAACAAUUUGACGUCUAUUUCCCCAUGCUUGAUCAACGAGCAGCUCUUCUUCGGCCUCUUUCGGAGACCAAAACAUUGGGUCUUCUUGAUGUUAAUUGUACUGUUAAAGGAGGGGGUGUGUCAGGUCAAAUUGGUGCAAUUCGUCUUGGUAUGAGUAGGGCAUUACAAAACUGGGCACCAGAUCAAUUCCGUCCUCCUUUGAAAGAAGUGGGUUUCUUGACAAGAGACUCGAGGAUUGUGGAAAGGAAGAAACCUGGUAAGGCCAAAGCAAGAAAGAGCUUCCAAUGGGUUAAGCGGUAAUCGGGUUUUGAUUUACAGUGUCAACUCAAUUGCACCCAGAAGAGUCAAAAUUGAUAAUUUGUAGGAUCUUAACGUAGAAAAUGCAAAAAUCAUAAUCUAUGCCUUUUUGAACUUGGAAACCUUUGUGUGUUGUCUCUAGUUAUUUUAGGGGUUUUUGUGGUUGUUGGAUUUUUGGUUACAUUGAGGGUGGUGCAACGGUCGAAAUAAUAAUAUUGUUAUUGGAUUUUUAUAGCGU